AUGGGCAGCGGCGUCACAAAAGUCGCAGUUGGGCACGGGUUCGACACCGUCAAGACGCGAUUACAAUGUGCACCACCGGGGUUGUACAAGGGGCCGUGGGACUGUUUUGUCAAGACGGUGCGGAACGAGGGCCCACUAGCACUGUACAAAGGCGCUACACCCCCUGCUGUAGGAUGGGCCUUCAUCGACUCCCUCCUAAUUGGAUCCCUGCACAACUACCGUCUCUUCCUCAUCAAGCACGGGUGGACCGAACGUCUCCCCUCCUCAAGCACAGGCGAGCGCAGGCUCACCCUCUCUGGACACGCGGUCGCAGGGCUGUGGGCGGGAUGGACGAGCUGCAUCAUCGCUAUGCCGGUGGAUACGUUGAAGGUCAAGCUCCAGCUGCAAAUGACUAGAGAUCCAAAGGAGUGGAAGUACAGAGGAAGCAUUGACUGUAUGCGUCAAAUAUUCGUCGCCCAAGGUCCACUCGGGCUCUACCGUGGCUUUACGUCUAUGCUGCUCUUUCGCUCCUGUUUUGCAUCAAUGUUCACUUCCUACGAGCUGCUCCUUCGCGGUUUCCGCGCUCUGAACCUCUCCGACGGCACAGGCUCAUUCCUUGCCGGCGGACUGGGCAGCUUCUCCUACUGGGCUUUCGCCAUCCCAUUCGACAACAUCAAAAACCGCAUCUUGGCAGACGAUCUGGUCAAGCCGAAGUACUCUAGCAGUUCGAUAGCGAUGGGAAGGCGGAUAUAUGCCGAGGGAGGACUGUGGAACUUUUAUCGUGGAUUCUGGCCAGUCGUAUUGCGGGCGUUCCCGGUCAAUGCCAGCGCGUUCUUCGUAUUUGAACAUGUCCUUAGAUUGCUGGGUGCUGAAAAGGUGCGGCGCAUUGCUGCAGCUCGACCUGCAUGUGUACUAAGGUUUCCCCCAGACUAG